GCAAUCAUAUGAAAAGAAUCAUCUUGUUCAGCCGUAAAGCGCCUGUAGCCUAUUCUUUCCCUGUAUUAUUUUUGUUUCUUUAUUUAUUUUUUUCGUCAAGAAAACUAGUUUAAACAUUUUCAUUGUAGGUGAUAUAACGAGAAUUAAGCAUUUACCGUAACUUUAGUCUGUAAGGCAUCGCAAUAAGCGUUCACCCUUAUGCGUAACUAUAAAAUGUCAAUACCUGCCGGGUAAUAUGUACAUUUAUGAUUCAUUUUUGUAUGUGCAUAUGAUAUUUUAAUACCAAUGAUUGUCACGCGUUCUCCUGAUUUCAUUAGACAAGGUACAAAGCCCCAUAAAGGUUUGAGUUAAGGAUUUGGUUUCGGUUUUUUUUUUUAACUAAGAGGCCAAACGUUGCCCACUUGGUUCCAAAAUACUUCCUACAAAGUGAGAGGUGAGAAGGUUCAGCAGGUUUUAAUAGAUAACCAAAAGAGAAAGCUGACCUGUCGUGGCUGGUCACUCACCCUGAGAGACUACACAGCCUGGAGGGCUAAGCGACAAUGCACCACAUUUUUUCAGGUGGAGAUUCCUAACUGCGUCUUCGAAAAAACAUUAACCCCAAAAUCAGACACAAGAUUUAGAAGAAAAAAAAUAAAUGAAACAAUAAUGCAGAUGUUUUCUGCAGCCAAGCAACGUCACAUUAAAUUAUAUUUACAUACGAAAAGCAGAGCAUACAUCCAUCUGUGCAUGUGUUCACAAAGCACAAUGAAUGGACUUCAUGAUUCUUGGCAGGCUAGAAUAAUGUAAAUAUGUAACUUAUUGUUAAAUUCUGCAUUUUUCCGAGCAACACACAUUUUGCUAAAAAUGUCAGUGGAAAUGUUAUAUGAGGUAUUUAAAUGGUCCUUUUCCGGCUUUCACGUAAUCAAAACUGCAUGGAAGUUUAGUACAGAUUUACAUCAUGCACAUACAUGAAGCAGCAAUUGGCGUUUGUCAACAAACCAUAUAUCAUCUUGGAACAUAAAUCACGAUCUCACAUUCCUUAUGUUCACUCCAUAGAAUCUUCUGUGCGAGGAGCUCAUCUUUGGAACACGUCUAGUAAAAAGUCACAUCGCUUCUUGAGUUUGAAAAAAUACAUCUGCGUUAUGACUAAUAAUGAAAUAUUUCGGAAAUAUCAUUUGUUUCUCCUCUUUAAACUGGAAUAUAUAUAUAUGCUAUUAUAAAUAAUGUAGUCAACGUCAUCAUCAGUGCAACAUUUUCAUUAUCCUUUUUGUAUCCUGACAUAAGGUAAAAUUUUUAAUUACUAGAGUAGCCAUAGGGUUUCACACUAUUAUAACCGUUAUAAUUAUAUUCUUAACAUGUUUAAAAUAUUAUUAUUAUUAUUAUUUAUUUGCUUGAUUUAUUCGGAAUAUUGUGGCAGUUAACUGUAUACUGAUAUUAGCAUAUCAAGUAGGCUACACCCUAUAGAUUCUGGGCAGUGUUCAUGUACAUUAAGGGUAAAUAAAUACACUGAACAAUAUUAAUAUCACAACAAACUAAAAAGAAAAUAAUUUUAUUCCCAUUUAAAAUCGAAAUAUGUCGCGUUAGGCUCUGAAAAUAUCUUUCCAGCCUGCAAUAAAUUGAAUCCCCAGUAGGUGACGCUGUCCGCCUACGUGCAGCACAUCCCUGCAAUGGGAGGAACACGUUGACUCGAGUCGAACGACUCCCCGUCUCGUCAUCAUUUGUAACCAUAGAGCAUGAAUUACCUCUUGAAGUCAUCAGUGAGAAUUUACGACUGGUCAACAAAAGCACGUGAUUCUCUAACGCACCCCCACCCCCAUAUUUGGCCGCAUACAUAGCAAAAACGAAGUACAGUGCAUUGCUAUAAUUCAUUAAUACAUCAUAAAUCGUGAAGCACAGCGUUAUAACGACCAAGAUCUACAAAUCAAGCCCUCUAAAACAACCUAAAUGAGCUCUUACUUUGUAAACUCGUUCUCAGGGCGCUACCCAAAUGGCCCUGACUAUCAGUUACUAAAUUAUGGAACUAGCAGCAGCGCUAUGAACGCCUCGUACAGGGACUCCGGCACCAUGCAUUCAGGCUCUUACGGCUACAACUACAAUGGAAUGGACCUAAGCGUCAAUCGUUCAACCAGCACUGGCCACUUUGGAGCGGUUGGGGACAACUCCCGGGUCUUCCAGUCGCCAGCCCCGGAGACGCGAUUCCGGCAGCCGUCAAGCUGCUCGCUCGCGUCUCCGGAGCCGCUGGCUUGUUCCAACAGCGAAAACCUUGGACCCAAAGGCUCUUCGCCCCCUUCCGACCAAAGCACCACCACUGCGGGUAAUAAUCUAACCAACAACACACAUUUCACAGAAAUCGACGAUGCCAGCGCUUCUUCUGAGACCGAGGAGGCGUCGCACAGAGCGAGCAACUCUGCACCGCGGACACAACAGAAGCAAGAGAGCUCGGCAACCUCCACUACCUCGGCGACGUCCGAUGGCCAAGCUCCCCAAAUAUUCCCCUGGAUGAGGAAACUACAUAUUAGCCAUGAUAUGACUGGACCAGACGGCAAAAGGGCCCGAACUGCAUAUACCCGCUAUCAGACGCUAGAGCUGGAAAAAGAGUUCCAUUUCAAUAGAUACCUCACCCGGAGGAGGAGGAUAGAGAUAGCCCACGCUCUAUGCCUCUCAGAGCGUCAAAUUAAGAUAUGGUUCCAAAACCGGCGGAUGAAAUGGAAAAAGGACAAUAAACUGAAGAGCAUGAGUCUGGCUACCGCGGGUAGCGCUUUCCAGCCAUAGUUGUAGCCCAAGUCCUACUACGUGGUUUGCAAAAGAAAAUCACGAGGAAAACGAGAUGGAAAAUAGGUCUCAAAACAUUACUUACAGAGUACUGUACAUCGCGGCACCUUUCGGCAUGUUAUGGAUGUUUUAGGCAUUUUAAAAUUCUACUGUGGUACUGCUAUAACGAAACGAAAAUUAGUGUUCAUAGUUCUUUUAAUACUAUGGUGACUAUAAUUUCGGCAAGGAAAUAAACUGAAGGGGAAAGAAGCUAUCAAUAUACCGCCUGUUGUUCUUGUUAUGAAUAUUGUUUAUGUGUCAAGUGCUAUGUUAAUGCUUUCUUGAGAGUUAGCAUGUGAGCUCUUAAAUGUUAUAACUUAUUUACCUAUACACGUGUAUACCUUUUGAGUUUGCAGCUCAGAAACGCAUCUGCCCUUGUAUGAAGUGAAGCUCUAGUUUAGUGGUGACUGCAGUAAAUUUAGCAGACGCCUCUGUAUAUUUCAUGCUCCUCUGUUUAAUCAUUGUCUAAAUAAUCAGAUUCAAUUUGUCAUGUGUUCUAACUCUUCUAUUAUUUUUGAGAAAAACAAGAAAAUGUGUAUAUAGUCCUCGCUAGAUUCUUGUACCCGUCCAUACGUGUGUAUAGUUGUAUUCCAAAUAUGUAAUUGUAUAUUACUGGAUCAUGUUUAUGUUCCAAAAAGGAUGUACAUAUUGAACAUUUUUAUUGUGAUCAGUUGGCUAUUUGUAGUAGGCAGAAUUAACGGCAAAUGUGUGAAGAAGAAAAAAAGAAAAAGAAAAAAAA